UUGCGCGAGCCUAUCUUGGCUAGGACAACGUUCACGAUUAACGCGCAGCAGGAGCUAUCGAAAAGUUCUGAAUUCUCUCUUGUCACUGCGCAAAAGUUCGACUUCUGAGCAAUCUGAGUGACAUUCGCUUUCUUCGGCCUAACAAACAGCGCAUUGCUAAACACGAGAACAGUACUUCAUACUUCAACAACCCUUGGUCCUCCGCACCUGUCCGACGACACCUUUUUACUCGUCCGUCCUGUAGCAAUAGCGCGUUUGAACAUAACUUCGUCGCAAUGGCUGAAUUAAUGGACUUGUUGUCCCAUCUGGGGGACUCGCUUCAGCAACUUUUCGGCCUUUUGACUAUGGCUGGCUCGCGAUUUACCAAUAAUCUCGGCGAGUCUUUCUCAUCGGUGUCGCUAAAACAGUGGAUUCGUCUUGUGACUGUGGUCGGCGCCUAUUUGCUCAUCCGCCCUUACGUUCUGAAGCAUGCCACAACGCGGCAACAGGCGCAACUCGAGAAGGAACACGAAGCAGACGAGGCAGCGCGAGCCGAGAUUCAACCAAAUCAUCUGCGUGGCCAGAUCGACAUACCCGAAGAUAGCGACGACGAAGAGGUUGCAGAAGGGGCAGCGACGGCCACGAAUUGGGGUGGAAAGGCGCGGAAACGGCAACGUCAGUUCGUGAAGAAGCUGCUUGACGCCGAGGAACAGAGAUUGGCAGAUCUUCAAGAAGACGAGGAGGACAAGGACAUUGAGCAGUACUUGGUUGGUUGAGGGUAACACUGGGUCAAUUAAAGAGACUGGAUACCCUUUGAUACGGCUCUUUGCGAUAAAAAAAAACAGGUGUAACUCACAGAAUCACCAUAUGUACGAAAUACUCAAGAUAUGCACUGACUCGAGUACAUGUCACAACUUGUCUGGAUUGAUACCUUUGUUACCGGGACUUCGAAGCAAGGUAUUCAAGAACGCAGUCUAGAACUUCAGCAAACGAGCAAAUAACAGCUUGACAUCCCUUGCAUACGGUAUGCAUGAUGCGCUGGUCUGCCCAUUUGUCUAUUGGAAGAUGGGCAAUCUUCUCCCAACACACCCGAAAUAAAACCUGAGCCCAAG